ACCGCUACCGAGCUCGCGUGUAGCCAGUCCACUUUGAAAAUAGAACCAUCCUGUAUAUUAAUUGAUUCCGUUCAAUUACUCUGUGUGUUAAGGGAAGAUCAUGGCAGCCGAAGCCGGACCCGCUCAACCAGGUUUGGCCCCACCGGAGGCCGAGACUGGACCCGAUGGAGAGAUCAUUGGAGGACCUCGCACCCCUCAGCAAAUUGCUGCUCAGAGGAGGUUGCAGCAGACUCAAGCUCAGGUCGAUGAGGUGGUGGACAUAAUGAAGACAAAUAUGGACAAGGUGCUUGAUCGAGAUGUGAAGUUAUCAGAACUGGAUGACAGAGCAGAUGCGUUACAGUACGGAGCAUCACAGUUCGAACAGCAAGCGAAGAGCUUGAAGAACAAAUUCUGGCUACAAAAUCUUAAGAUGAUGAUAAUAAUGGGUGUGAUUGGGAUCGUCAUAAUAGGCCUACUAUUUGUUCGGUACCGAAACUCGACGCCUAAUCCGGGGCCGGCGAUCGUAGCAACUAGUAACAGUACUGUGGCAGCCAACAGUGGCCAUUGAAAAUAUAUGUAAUUACAUAAUUCACUCGUCGCAUCCGUUGGGUUCCACUUCAAAUGAGAAGCUGAUUUAUAAUAUAACAUUUCAUUAUUUAAUAUAUACGUAUAAUAAAAUUGUAACAAUUAGACUUUAAACUAUAAUAAAAUGGAACGAAAGGUUACAUAAUA